GGAGGGCUGUUUGGGGCCAAGCCUGCAGCGACGACGACGACGACGCCGGCGGCAAGUGGAGGAGGUUUGUUUGGCAGCACUACGGGCACCCAGCAGACGACAACAGGCGGGGGACUGUUUGGAAACACAGCUACAGCUCAGCCCAGCACGGGAACGACUGGCGGUGGCUUAUUUGGAAGUGCAGCGACGACACAGCAGCAGCAACCAGCUAGCGGAGGGCUGUUUGGCAACACGGCGAGCACCCAACAGACUGGGGGCGGUCUCUUUGGCUCGACUCCUGCGUCAACUACCACUGGGGGUGGACUGCUGGGUCAAACACAGACAAAGCCUGCUGGCGGACUCUUCGGAGGAACCACAACUCAGACGGCCCCGGCCACAACUCAGACUGCGGCUGUCCAAGUCAACUACGACAACCUGCGGCCGCGGUCGCGCUUCGACGACCUCGCGCAGCCGAUCCAGAACGAGAUUGCCCUCAUCGACAAGGGCAUCCAGCGCGUCAUCAAGAUGAGGGAUGAGAUUGGGGAAUUCAUGCCUCAGCACGAAAAGGACAUUGACCAGCUUGGGCGCGACGUCCAGUUCGUCGAGUCCAAGUUCAAGACGGUCCAGGACGCCCUCAACCGCGACAUCCUGACCGUCAAGGCCCUGCAGGACAUGACCAAGAAGGACGUGGCCGACGCGCAGCUCUCCUUCAAGGCGGCCGACAACCUCAAGCUGCCGACGCACUACCACCAGACGGGCCUCUUCGCCGGCCCGCCUCCCCCCGGCGGCGGCGGCGACGCCAACUCGUCCGACGCCUCGUCGGCGCAUGCCAGCGCCCAGGACCUCAUCACGUACUUCAACCGCAUCUGCGACGACGUCGAAAAGUACAAGAAGCGCCUGGACGAGUACCGGUCGCAGAUUGAGCGCGACAUGCCGGGCGUGGAGAACGGGCUGUACGAGCAGAUCCGCAGCCUGCGCGACAGCAGCAGCAGCGCUCCCGUGCAGGACCAGCUCGGCCAGGUGCUCGCCGCGCUGCGGGAGAUGGGCAGCGCCAUUGUCGCGCAGGCGGCGCAGAUUGCGGACACGAGGGAGAGGCUGUCGCGGCUGCAGUCGGGCUUCUUGGAUACUGGGCUGUACUCU